AUGGAGCGAGCUGGUUGCAUAUACUGGCUACCAGCCCCCACGAUCUCAUCAGCCCAUGCCAACAGUUCUGUUCCUGAAGCCGGACACAAUCACCCAGUCAUAGUGCUGGAAAGCAGCGGCGGAUUGGAUACCAUUCUGCUCCUCACAUCUUUCAACGGCCAGAGUCUCUCAGUCCGUCACCCAACCCGCAUCAACAAUCGCGCGCAAUACCUCCCUAUCCAUCCAUCUCCUCCACAUCCAGACACCAAAGAGCUCCUCUACCUCUCACCAGGUCCACCACUUCGCAAAGCGAGCUACAUCGGCCUUUCAAAAAGACACCAGGUUCCCACCAGUGCCCUCGUCCACUAUGACCGCAAGACAAAAGCGAAAUACAGAUUGACCCCACAGUCCUGGAAGCUCCUGCUGGAGAAAUUGGAUCUGCCACAGACUCUCCUCUUCAACCCCCCAACACCGCUAUUUCCUCCUCCCGCGUACCCGGUGCGUCCAACACCACACAAUAUGCUGCCUCAGUCCCCAGUAAGGGUGCAGUCUCCGCCCGUGGUCGUGCCUCCAGUGAGAUUCUGGAAUGUGGAACCCCUGUACAAUUACGGGACUGUCAGCGCGUCGCUUGCAAUCGCGAGUAGCAACCCUUAUGCGUCAGCACCUAUUCCUCAGAGUGCGCCGCAGAGCGUACAGGUCUAUGGCCAUCAUGAGUUACCAAGCCAUCGAUCGCGAAUGGAGGAGAGGGAUUCGGCGGAAUGUGGACCCGGCGUCGGGUUCUGCGUGGUGGCUGCUUUGCUAUUUUGUGCUUGGUACUGGAGAGCUAAUAUAUGGGGUAUUGUCGCGGGUUGA